UUUUUUAUUUUUACAGGAAUUAUGCAAAACAUUCAGAAUGCUAUCGGGAAUCGGCACGUGACUUUUAAAAUACCUGCCGUGCCGUUCGUGUCGAACCUUUGGCGAACCAAAAACGCCACGCUCGUUUCAUCUUCCGCCAAGAAUUCAUCAUCCACUCCAGUUGCAACGGCGGAUGAGCAGAUCGGGGUCAGCGGCGGCGUCCAGUCGACGGCUGGACCCAUCAAACCCGGCGGACAUCAACCAGGAGAUUGGUGCGGAGGCAACAUCUUAUUGGAUCUCAAUUCACGGCGAGAGUUAACCUACAAGUCGACGCUAUUCCCGGCCGCUCGCUCAGUCCCGUACGCCUGCUCCUGGGACGUCAAGGUGAGCAAGAAUUGCCGUCGAGGUCGGGUGACGAUGCGAAUGGACGGACGCAGUCGACUGGCCACCGAGGAUCGUUGCAGCAAAGGAUAUUACCGAGUCUCGCCAUUCAUGAAGGAAGCCAAAAUCUGCGGACACAUUGGGACCGUUCCGCCCUUCCAGUGGUACGUGGACGAAAACCAGCCGGAAGAGGUGACCAUCAUCAUGAAAAACAUUGGAUUGAAUGACGGCCGUGACGAAGGAUUGUCUUUUACCCUCUCAAGCGAAUGUCUGACGACGUCCAAGGAUAGCAGCAGCAGUGAGAGUAAAAUCAACAGCAGCAACGUGGCGAUGGACAACAUGGAAACCAACAGCCGCUGGAUGUACCGUCUGCUGAUGGACUCGGCCACUCCCGGCAGCCGCCAGAGUCAAGUGAUCCUCCACACGGCCUCCAUGUCGUUCCAGCCCAACUCCAAACUGUCGGCAAAGGCCUCGGAGAAAAUCAGCCAAGAUUUCGGUCAAGCUACGGCAUCCGAUCCGGCGGUCGACGACGAGUCCAGCACAACGGUCAAACCGGCCAACAAAAUCACAUUCUAUUCGCCACUCUAUUUAAUUUUCCGCAAAUUGAACCUCAUUUAAAUUUGAAAUUUGAAUUGACAAUUAUAGCUGCUGGUCGGCUAUUUAUUGGACCCAUGUAUACUUGCAUUAUUCAUUAAUUUUAUUCUUAAAAAUGAUAAUUAUUCACUCUAAUUUAAAGCCCGUUGUAUGUGUGUGUGUGUCGUGUUACAAGUUGAUGGAAAUAAAAGAAAA